CUUGGUGUUUGUCUUGCUCUUCAUCGUUCUUUCUCUACUUCCGGUGGUCGGCUGUCUUUCCUUGUUUAAAUCUUUUAUUUUAACUCCACUACUAUAAAGUCAUCACCUGUCGAUCCUUGAAGUCGAACCAGCAAGAGCCUCCUCCUACCCUCGCUCAUUACAAUGGCCCCCAUCACGAAGUGCCUUGCUUUUCUAUCCCUCGUUCUCUCGGUUGCUGCCCUCACAUCCCCUCACAUCUCCCACAAUGUUUUCGAUCACCGUCGCGCUGUUGCUCACGUCGCCGUACAGGCAGUCACCGGUGGUCAAGUUGAUGCCCUGCCAGCUCCCAAACGUCAACGUUCUCUGAACAAACGUUGCACACCCAAGUCGUCUGGUAACUCCACUGCAUCUUCAACCUCCGCUUCUGCUGCUGCUACAGUGGUACCGGUUAAUGUUGCUCCAUCGCCUGUUUUAUCUUCCUCUUCCUCUUCUUCCUCCUCUUCUUCGCAUUCCCAUUCAUCAUCUGCUUCGGGGUCGAUCUACCAGGCUCCUACUCCUACUCCCACGCCCACGCCCACUCCUACACCCACACCCACGCCCACAUCUUCCCCAAGUACCACCAGCCAGGCUGCUCAGACUACCUCUGCAUCCAGCGGUGGUGCGGCGGACGGCUUCCUUAGCGGCAUUAAUCCUGGGCAGGGCACGUACUACGAGACUGGUCUUGGAGCGUGUGGUAUCACAAAUACCGACAGUGAUUACAUUGCUGCUGUCUCUCACUUGUUGUUCGACUCCUACCCUGGCUAUGAUGGUGUGAACCCUAACACCAACCCCGUCUGCAACCAACAAGUCACUGCUACCUACCAGGGCAAGAGUGUAACAGUCAAGAUCACAGACAGGUGUACGGGCUGUGCACUUAAAGACCUUGACUUCUCGCCUUCCGCAUUCUCCCAACUUGCGGAUCAGUCGUUGGGUCGCAUCGACAUUGACUGGUCCUGGUUCUAAACAUCUCGCUCUCGUUACGCCUUCAUGCUUUCGCGACGAAUGGGCAUAAAGUCAUCUAUGUUUUUAUUCAUUAUUCUUCCUGAUAGGUAUAUAUCCUUUCCGACUGCUUUCGCGCUAGACGCCUCUCUGCUAGCAGAGAGCUUGGGAUCGCUGUCGAUUUCUCAUUCCCAUAUAUCCACACGCACGCGUGCUACGUACUUACGAUCACUGGAUGAUUCCUAUAUACCUAGUUGAUGAGUUGGAAUGAGCGGUUGUUGCUUGCUUGGGCCUUGCAGCGCUUUUCUUGAUGGGUUUAGCUUUGGUAUAAAUCUUAUUAUUGUGCAGUUUGUAAUAAUACAAAGUGAAAUAUAGAUGCCUGCUAUGUAACCUAUACUUCAAU